AUGAAAAUCCUUAUAAUAUUAACCAUAACAAAUUUAAAUAACACAAAUGCUCUACCCACCACCACAAGAGACACUAAAUCACAGAGCAGUGGGCCACAAAUAUCAUGGAUACAACAAAUGCGAGUUCUACGUCAGCUAAUAAAAGCGUGUGAAAUUUCCUCACCGCCGAAUGUCACCACCACUUGGCAGUGCUUAAAAAUGACAAGUUUAAAUAUUGUCGAUGACAUGACAAGGCGUCAAAUAAUAUACUUAUGGCCAGGUAUGAGAUUUGUUAAAGCACUGGAUACAAAGGAAAAUCAAGUGUCAUUGAGCACAAAUCAAAAAAAUGAUUUUUUGCAACGUAAGGAUUUGCAGUAUUUGACCUGGUUUGAUCGUUUGGCUUUAAGUUUUACUAAAAUGUUGAACACUCAUAUGUUGGAGAUUAAUUUAAAGGAAUUAUCAGAAGCAUAUGUGGAGAAUGUGAAAAGAAAAGAUUCAUCGUUAGCUAACAACACAGACCCUGUCGGCACAGCCCGCCACAGACGACAACGUUUCAACAUGAUGAUAACAAUGAUGUUUGGAGUGACUGCUCUGGGAGCCGUACUCGUACCCAUGGGCUUUCAGAUGUUAUCAGUGGUUAGUGGCAAGGCUCUACUCUUAGCUAAAAUGGCUCUUUUAUUGGCCUCCAUUAAUGGCCUAAAACGGGUGGCCAAUAGCGGGGUCCACUACGGUCUCUAUCAUGUACCUGGGGAGCAUUAUGGUAAUUAUUUCGAUCGUGGAGACCUGCAUCAUCCAAGAAAUGUACAAAACGUAGCAUCAGCAGGCCAGCCAAUCGACUUGGGUUUAUCUUUAUAA